AUUCUCUUUUGGGGCUAUAAAGACGUAGUGCCUUCAAGACGGAGCAAAUUAACAGUGGCGAAUUAUUGCAUUAUAGGACGCAUCGCUCCGCUCAUCGUUGCGCGGAGGAGAUUAGUUUCUUUCUUUUUUUUUAUGGUGACAUUCAGUUAAAGCGAGCGGAUUAGGGUGAUGGAGUACAUGGAGGAUAAGUUUGCGAUGAAAAACCAAGCGAUGAAGGCCAGCGAUUACUACAUGGAGCAAGUCAUGGAGAGCCUGGACGGCGCGCAGUACUUCACCAAGUCCUCCCCGAAGUGUGUGCAGGCCUUCGGGCUGCAGAGCGGGGAACACCGCUCCUCGCCCUGUGGAGACCAAAACGGCAGCUACGGUGUGCCAAAAACAGACGACGACACUUUGCACUCGGAUCUCGGGAGGUCCAUGGACAGUUGUUGCACCCUGCGGGCCUCUCCGGUGACCUCCGGACAGGACAAAACGGAUUUGGAGGACAUGGGUGACAAAUGUGACAGCAACGUGUCCAGCAGCAAAAAGAGGAGACACCGGACAACCUUCACCAGCGCGCAGCUGGAGGAGCUGGAGAAAGUGUUUCAGAAAACGCACUAUCCAGAUGUUUACGUGAGGGAACAGCUGGCGAUGAGGACGGAGCUAACAGAGGCCAGAGUGCAGGUUUGGUUUCAGAACAGAAGAGCAAAGUGGAGGAAAAGAGAGCGCUACGGACAGAUCCAACAAGCCAAAACUCACUUUGCAGCCACCUACGACCUAUCAGUGUUACCGAGGACCGACAGCUACACACAGAUUCCCAACAACCUGUGGCCGAGCUCCUCCCCUGCCGGCUCCGUGGUCUCCUCCUGCAUGCUGCCCCGGGGCUCCCCUCCUUGCGUCACCUCCUACCCUCACUCCCCUCGCUCAGCUGCCGGCGCCGCGGACCACGGCUACGUAAGCUUCCCCAACCAGCAAAACCAGUUCGGCCACGUAUCCCUCAACAACUUCUUCAGCGCGGACUCCCUCCUCGCGCCGUCCGCCAACGGCCACCACCCGUUUGAGACCAAGCCUGAGUUCGAGAGGCGCUCGUCCAGCAUCGCCGUGCUGCGCAUGAAGGCCAAGGAGCACACGGCCAAUAUCUCGUGGGCCAUGUGAUGGAGGCUCCUGAGCGUGUCUGGAAAGAAGUUUUUUGGAAAGAAGUGUGGGAGUUGCCCGAAGAGUCUGAAAAACAAGGUUGUUGCUGCAGCACAGCUCUGACUACAUUUUCUGUCAUCACGGACUAGCUGUGACUCAUUUAUUGCCACAAGCAAUAAUCAAGUGUGCUCUGCAAGAUCUUAUGUUUGAUAUUGACCAAACUUUAUUCAUUGAGUCAAGAAAAUAGAGCACUUCUAAGGACUCUUAAAGCAGCGUGUCAAAUAUACUAAAGAGGGUAUCAACACAUUUCAAAGCCAUAAUGUUGUGAGACAAUCAGCUGUCUUAUCGAUGGUACGGUGGACUGAAACUAUCAUCAGAUCAACCGAACGAUCCAGCGCUUAGAGACACUUUUCAGGAAGGUGGAAGACAUCUGGACCCUCAUGUAACUUGUAUCUACUUCAAAGAGUUUUAUUAUCUGGUGAUGAAACAGACUGACAUUAAAACUGAUGUCUCUGUAUGACCAGACAGUCUGGGUCAGGUAGAUUAUUUCUUCAUUGUUAUUCUUAACGCCUGAAAACGCUGCCAUGACAAACCAGAUCCAGAGUGCCUUUGUUUACAUUCCACAUAAAAAGUUAUCUUCACAGUUAAAACCAAGCACACAAUCUUUUUCUGUCAGAAACAUCACUCUCACAAGUACGGGACAAGAUCGUCAAAGAGACAACAUAUUCUCAUUUGUCCUCAGGGGUUGCUAAAAUUGACUCGAACCAACAGUUCCUCACACUAGCUUUAACAACACCAACACAGUCUGUUCAUUUAAACUUCCAGGGUAACGUCCUGUGUUUUGGUCCAACCAGACACUUAAUGAACCCUCAUGAUCUGCUUGCUUCUUUGUUUUUGUUUCUAAUGAGGAUCAGGAAGUUCUGAAAGUUUCCUCUCUGUAAAGACUAAAAUGCGUUAAAAGGGAGGUCAAGUAAGAAAACCUCCGGCCUCCAGCUGGGCUUCAAUCCCAGUGUGUGUGUGUGUACACGUGGAUCCAGAGGGAGGGGGGUCCCUCAAACCACUACAGCAUCUCUAAGCACUGUGAAUAAGCUCCCUUUACCGUCGUCUUCCUCCCUCAAUACGGCUCAGGACUAAAGAUGAGCAGCGUGGGCUCAAACUGACUCGUUGUACUGAUGUGUGUGUGUGCUUUGCAGCAAAGCUCUGUAACCUCUGUCGCCUGCCUCUGUGCUGUAUCACAGGUACAUGAUGUAGGCUGGUGAGGCAGGUUUUUAUAAUUGUUUGUGUUGGAAAUUAUAUGUUGUACGCAAAAUAAAUGAAUGUCAAUUGAUUCUA